AUGAGCGGAUACGCGCCCGUUCGCAGCCGCCAGCCCCCCUAUGCUCCCUGGGCACCCCCACGCCGCUUUCGGUCCGGUCUCACGAACAGCAUCUCGUCAAUGGGAAGUAGCGAUGCCGCUCAAUCAGUUUCCGACAAGUUCGCCGUUCCUUUCGACUCUCCCGCUGCCAUGUUCAACGGUCCUGAGGCUGAUGACAAGCUACACAAUCCGGACACGCGACGAGACUUCAAAACCGACAAAGGCGGGAUCAUCCUCACCACCCGCGGUUUCAUGAACCUCGGCUGCGUCUUCGUCCUCGCCGUCGGAAUCGUCGGCCUCUUCGCCGGGUUCCCGCUCGCGUCGUACAUCCUCACUCCGAAGCUCUCAACUCAAGGCGGCUUCAACUACGGCGGGAUCAACGGGACAGGCCAGAUCCCGCUCAUGCCCGGCAACCGGGCGGUCAUCGACCGCGACACGCCGGAAGACGCGAAGACGAAGACGGACUACGUGAACGGGCAGACGUGGGAGCUCGUGUUCAGCGACGAGUUCAACACCGACGGGCGCACCUUCUACCCGGGCGACGACCCGUACUGGGAGGCGGUCGACCUCCACUACUGGCAGACCGGCAACCUGGAGUGGUACGACCCCUCGGCGAUCAUGACCCGCAACGGCGCGCUCGAGAUCACGCUCUCCGAGAAGCCGAACCACAACCUGAACUUCACCGGCGGGAUGCUCUCCACCUGGAACCAGUUCUGCUUCACCGGCGGGCUCGUCGAGGCCUCCGUCACGCUCCCCGGCACGAACAACGUCCGCGGGCUCUGGCCCGCGAUCUGGUCGAUGGGGAACCUCGGGCGCGCCGGCUACGGCGCCUCGCUCGACGGCAUGGGUCUCCGGCUGACCGUCGUCCCUCCCACCCCACUCCCCAUCCCUUCCCCCCUCGCACGACAGUGGCCGUACUCGUACGACUCGUGCGACGUCGGCACGGUCAAGAACCAGACGAAGGACGGCCUCCCGCUCGUCGCGGCGCAGAACGGCGACCAAGGCGCGCUCUCGUUCCUGCCCGGCCAGCGCCUCUCGCGCUGCACCUGCCCCGGGGAGUCGCACCCGGGCCCGGUGCACGAGAACGGGGAGUACGUCGGGCGCUCGGUGCCCGAGAUCGACAUGUUCGAGGGCCAGGUUGGCGGAGCGGUCAAAGACGAAACGCUGGGCGCGGUGUCCCAGUCCGCGCAGUGGGCGCCGUUCAACGCGGGGUACAGCGCGGACCAUGACGCCUACCUCAUCACCGAUACCAGCAAGAGCAUGGCGAACUCGUACGGCGGCGGCAUAUUCCAGCAGGCGACCUCGGUGGUCACCAGGGCCAACCAGGAUGCGUACGACCACGGCGGCCAGACGUUCUCGACGUACGGCUUCCAGUACAAGCCUGGGGCCGACGGUGCGUACAUCGCCUGGGUCGCCGACGGCUCGCUCUCGUGGACGAUGGAGUCCGCCGCGGUCGGGCCCGACUCGGACUCGCAGAUCAGCCAGCGCCUCGUGUCGCAGGAGCCCAUGUACCUGAUCAUGAACCUGGGCAUCUCGCAGGGCUUCGGCGAGGUCGACUUCGCCCACCUCGUGUUCCCGACCAAGAUGCGCGUCGACUGGAUACGCGUCUACCAGGACCCGAGCGCGAAGAACAUCGGCUGCGACCCGAGCGACUUCCCCACCGCCGCAUACAUCGCCCAGUAUCAGGAAGCGUACACGAACGCGCUGCUGACGACGUGGGAGGACGACUUCAAGCAGGCGAUGCCGAAAAACAGCUUCCUGGGGGAGUGCUCAUGA